CACUGUGGUUAGGGUAAAUAACUAAGGAAUGGUGUGGAUAUCCACUGUGGUUAGGGGGGGUAUCAAUGUUUUUAUGUACAAACGCUGACAGAUCGAGGAGGGAGCGAAUCGCAGAGGCUUUCCGUUUGGAAGUCGAGGGUUGGGAUUCUGAGACGUCGCUGCACGUCGCUGCGUCCGAGAGUAGCGCUCCUGGGGACGGGCCGCAGGCAUCGAAAAGGCGUAGGCUCUCGCUAUCUCCGACAAGAAAGAGGGCUACGUGCAAACCUCUCUGUAGCUGUGGAAGUAGUGCACGUAGCCCUCUUUCUUGUCAGAGAUAGCGAGAGCCUACGCCUUUUCGAUGAAGACGGCCCGUCCCCAGGAGCACUACUCUCGGACGCGGAGUCUUGCAGCGACGUCUCAGAAUCCCAACCCUCGGCUUCCAAACGGAAAGCCUCUGCCAUUCGCUCCCUAGAUCGCUACCUGGAUCUGUCAGCGUCGUUCGUG